AUGUACAGGUGGGAUAAAGUUAAAAUUUGGGCUGAUGUUUAUGUUUGCACCCAGCAAUCAUGGAAACGUCCUUAUGGGGUUGGUCUCCUAGUAGCUGACAAUUGUUUGAGUGGAAACUAUUUUGACUACCAGGCUUUUGCAAUUAGCUCUCGCUCACAAGCUGCAAAGACAUAUUUGGAAUGCAAGUUUGAGAACUUUACUAGCUCCUUACAUAAAGAUCUUAUCAAAGAUACACUUAUUGUAACUAGGGAGUCUGUGCAAGGUGAAAAGCACAGUAGUUCUGUAUGCAUUGUUGCUAUGGUUGGAGUUGGUGAGCCAUUCCAUAUUUUGGAUCAGGAAAAUCUCAACAGUUGA